AUGAAGCUCUCAGAUAAAAUCGCACAACAUACCUCUUCCCGUCCUUUCUUCACUUUUGAGUUCUUUCCACCGCGAACAGAUGAGGGCUUCGCCAAUCUCCUCACGCGUGUUUCGCGCAUGUCCGAGCUCGAUCCGCUCGCCGUCAGCGUAACCUGGGGUGCAGGAGGCACAACAAAGGAUAGGAGCCUUGAGCUCGCCGAGAUCAUCCAAACUGAACAUGCUAUCGACACACUCAUGCAUUUAACAUGCACGAAUAUGGAGCAGGGUCUAGUUGACGACGUUCUAAGGAAAGCUAAAGAACGGGGAAUCGAAAACAUCUUAGCUCUACGAGGAGACCCACCCCGAGGAGAAGAGUACUGGAUACCCAUAGACCCGCGUUUCACACAUGCUAUUGAUCUUGUGAAGUACAUCAAAUCCUCUCCGGAAUUUUCUUCCAGUUUCUGCAUAGGAGUUGCAGCUUAUCCUGACGGAUAUGUAGAGUCCGAUGUGGACGAAGAUACAGAACUGGAGUAUCUCAAAGCUAAGGUUGAUGCUGGAGCUGAAUUCAUCAUAACUCAGCUAUUCUACGACGUCGGUGGCUUCUUAAAAUGGUUAAGAAAAGUACGGGAGAAAGGGAUCAAUGUUCCCGUCAUCCCAGGGAUCAUGCCGCUUCAAAAUUACGCAACCUUUCUACGAUUAACCAAACUCUGUGGGACGAAGGUUCCGUCAAAACUAAAGCUCGAUCUUGAGCCUCUACGGCACGAUGACCAAAAAGUGAAGGACUAUGGCGUAACACUCGCAAUGGACAUAAUCAGGCGACUAAUCGACUCCGGGGAUGUCAGUGGUGUUCACUUCUGUACGUUAAACCUCGAGCGGAGCGUACGAAAGGUGCUUGAAGGACUUCAAUGGAUCGGAGGCCCUCCGAAACAUGAAAAUAGACUCAUCGUCGACCCAGCAGACGAGAUACAAGAACCACCCGAGUUCACUAUAAAGCCUCACGAUGCAGCACAAACUGCUACAGACAAGUUAUCGACGAAACCUCUACCUGACAUACCUGAACCGGGUAAAGGAGAGGUUAACAACGCUUCGACUUGGGAUGAGUUCCCGAAUGGACGGUUUGGUGAUUCUAAGAGUCCUGCGUUCGGCCUUCAAUUGGAUCCAUGGAACUCUGGUGUUCCGAAUAGCCUUGGCGUAUCGGUGACGCGAUGGGGCAACCCCAAGUCUCCAACAGACCUCACAAACCUCUUCCUCGCACACUUACACUCUAAACUCUCCUCCACACCGUUCUCACCCUACCCACUCUUACAUGAAUCGCAACUCAUUCUCAAACACCUGGAAGAUCUGACACGUCGAGGCUGGUGGACCGUGUUCUCGCAACCUGCAGUAGACGGCGUGAGUUCCUCAGACGAGGUUUUCGGCUGGGGACCUGCGGGUGGGUAUGUUUUCCAAAAGGGAUUCGUCGAGUUCUUUGCGGUGAAGGAGGAUGUGGAGUUAUUGGAGAGGAAGAUAAGAUGUAGAGGUGAUGGAUGGGUGGAUUUCUUUGCUGCUAAUGAGAAGGGAGAACUGCGAACAAACGUCCCAGAAAGUGGUAGGAACGCUGUUACAUGGGGUGUCUUCGCAGGACAAGAAAUCGCACAGUCAACAAUUAUCGACAGGACUUCGUUCCUCUCCUGGAAGGAGGAAGCAUUCUCAAUCUGGGAACAAUGGUCGCUCGUGUACCCACCAGACUCAGCUGAACGGAGGUUCCUCGAGUCAGUUCGUAGUGAAAGGUGGCUUGUGAGCAUCGUACACCAUGACUUCAAAGAUUCUUCCAAGUUGUGGAGCUUCAUAUUGGAUGAAUAG